AUGUCUUUAUCUACUACCAACCUCUUUGUUCGCAAUGGAUUAGCCGUUGUAGGAGGUUUAGCAGUUGGAUCAGCCAUCAAUAUGGGAUUGAUUACGCUGAAUUCCAAGUAUUUGUUUCCCAUGCCUCCAGAUGUCUCUUUUGACGAUGAAGAGAAAUUUGGCGACUAUAUUAAAUCCUUGCCACCCUUGGCGUAUACGGUUGUCUUUUGCGCACACUACGGACAAGCCAUUGUAGGCGGUAUUCUUGCUUCGAAAUUGGCAUCGUCUGAUGGUGGUGAGGGUUCCGGUGAUCUGUGUUGUUAUAUUGUUGGGGGCUUGACGAUGAUUGGAUCUAUUAUGAAUACUGUGGCCCUGCCUGUACCCGCAUGGACUUGGCUUGAGAUCCCUGUGUUUCCCUUCUUGAUAUAUUAUACAGCUAAAAUGGCAUCCGGAAAGAGUGACAAGAAGGCAGAAUAG